GCUGUGAGCGCAUGUGCCGCAACCUUUUCAUGGCAGCAGGCUGAAUGGCUGCUCGAAGAUAUGAAGCUGUACAAGGUGCUGCCAGGAGGUGACCUGCUGGUAGCCGUUGCCACCGCCUGCAGCAUUGCCUUGCAGCCUACGAAGGCGUUGAAGUUGUUGACGGACACGGAGCUGUGGCUUACGGACUUCUACGUUGCUUAUCGCAGUGGAUCCUCGGGAUUUGGCAAGCUGCGUUGA